UCACCCAGGCUAAAGAACCGUUUAUAAAGGCUGAUUUGUGUGUUUCUAAAGUGUUACCGUGGGGAAAACCAUCUGUGUUGUGCUUUGGGUUACCUCUAUCAGUGGCAGCCAAACGUGGUUAACCUGUGAGAAGUGAUGCAAAUCAGAGCUGAGCAGGCCAAACAAAACAGGUGAUUUGUGAGGAGCAGUUUCCCAGCCUGGCUCUCUGUGUGAGCACAGCCACAGGUAAGGCUGGGAUCAGGUGGGCCCUUUGUGCUGGCAUAAAAUGAUUGCAAUUACGGCGUGUGUGAGUCUCCUGUCAGGGCUUUUCCUGUGUUAAACUGCUGUGGAACAAGCUCCUGAGUGAUGUGGUUGGCUCUGCCGAGGAUUGCUAUCCCUGGCUUCUCCAGAAACCAUCCAUCCACCCUGCUGUCAGCUCUAGUGGGUGAGGUUUGCAUGCCUUGUCCUCCUCUGAGAUUGUAGCACAGCUCUUUUAAUGCCCAGAGGGAGCCACUUGUGCUGUGCCUCUCUGGAUUCAGGGAUUUCUCUGCUGGAAAAUAUCCUGCUCUGUAUUUUGUGCCCUCCUCUGCUUAUUUCUUGUUGAUGUAUUAGUGGGGUGGGUGGCCAGCUCUUCCCAGAAAGCAUUAAUAAAGAUGUAAGCACGCAGCACGAGUCAAUGUGAAAGGCUAACAAAGCCUGUUAUGGAAGAAGGUUUGGAGUGGACAAAUCUCAAGUAAUUUGUUGCAACUGAGUCAUGUUCUGUGGGGGUGGAAGUGUUCCUUACAGCCCUGCCCUGCCUUAUUUAAAUAUUUAAACAUUUAAAUACAGCAAGGAGCAGCAGGGCCAGUACCUUUUCUGUUGCUAUAUAUCUCCAGUGUAGUGUGUUGUAUAUUAAAUUCCUGUACUGGAAGGCAGUAAAGGUUGGUAUUUCGAGCUCCUGUGGCAUUCAUGCAUGCAUGGAUAGCUCUCCCUGGCAGCUUUUUUUCUUUAGGAAGGCACUUGGUCAGGUGCCAAUGUCCAGCUUUCCUGGGGCACUCUCAGCCCUUUAAGUGGUACGGUGACCUUGGGCCAGCCUGGCCACCACCCUUCCUAUGAUUCAGUUCAGCAGCUGAUAAUAAAUGGAUGUAGAAUUUGACAUUUUGGCAGUAGCUUUGCAGUGCUGCAGUGAGGUCCCAGGGCUGGGAGGUACAGCAGGCUGCAGUCACUGAAUGGGCAGUGUCGGUGGUGGUGAAGAAUGUCAUGUCAAAAUGUGUUGUGAUAUUUGCCAGGAAAUGGAGAGUCCAUGAAUGACUAAAACAUCCUCUGUGACACAGCUGUGAUGACACUCAGCCUGCAGGCUGGGCUCUGUAGGCUAGAGCUGUGCCUUCAAAUUUAUUUUGGUAGCUUCUUUUGAAGGUACUUUUCUAGUAAAAAUUUCACCUCAGAGUUUGCUGUGAAGAUGAUGAAAGGUCUAGAGGGGAAGUCCUAUAAAGAGCAGCUGAGAUCACUUGGUUUGUUCAGCCUGGAGAAGAAGAGACUGAGGUCAGACCUCACUGGGGGCUGGCAGCACCAACCUUUGCUCUGUGACAGGAGGAGACUGUUGGCUCUGUUUAGGUUUGGCUCUCAGGGAAAGGUUCUUCAUGAGAGGAUGCUGGGGCACUGUCCCAAGGCUGCCAGAGCUCCAGGAGCAUUUGGACAAUGCUCUCAGGGAUGCACAGGUUGGAAUUGUUGGGCUGUCCCUCCAGCUCAGGAUAUUCUGUGAUCUGACUGUUUCCUUUCAGUGUUCUGGUGUCUGACCAGAGAUUUCACCCUUAGGAAAGGGCACACAGAACUGUGCUCCUAACCUGGGGCAGUGCACACUGGAACAGGAAAGGAGCCUUUGGAGGGGCUUUGAGGCUGCAGGGAAACCUUGGUGCCUCAGGAGCUGAGUUUCAUUAGGCAGAGUGAUCCCAGUGCCUUCUGCCAGCUGACAAUCACAAUCAGGUGUAUUUGGCCAUUUUGCUAAUGAAGAGAAGGAUUAUGGAAGGAGCUGUAAUUCAACUAGGGAGCAGUGUUUGUCAGAGGAUUUUAUUGAGCUUGCAAUUGCAUUUUUCUUCAUUACCAUAUACUCAAUAUUUUAUGGUUGUCUUUAUUUCUGUUUUCAUUGCCACCUGCUGCCUGCUCUAGAUGGGAUAUUCCUAUCCAGGAAAGAAUCAGCUUUACUUCAGCAUUGUAAUGACAAACUGAGAACAGAAAAAAGGGUAAACUCAGCUUUCACACUGCACAUAUUGUUCAUGGCUGAAGGGUCCAGUUAAGUCAAUGUCCAAUUAUAUAAUGAAGAGAUAGUGAUCUGUUUAGCUUUUUAGAAAAUUAAAUUCCACUGAAACAAUAUAACUGGGACUAUAGAAGUAGGAGGAAAACUAUUUUCCAUUCUGAAGCAGGCCUUUGUAUAGAGUUGGGUUUUUUUUAAACUAACAGUAACUAAUAACUUGUACAUUAUACAGCCCACACUGAGUCAUUGUUUACUCAGGGAAAUGACUUUCAACAGCCAGACUUGUUUGCGAAGUUUAAUAACUAAAAUAUGCAGUUCUGUGCUUUACAAGGCUGCACACUAUAAUCAACAUUUGGGCAAAAACAAAACCUGGUGCAUAUUUGCAACACCACACAGCACUGUAUUACAAAUGGUGCUGCUGCAGCUCAGGUUUUGAUCUGCCCUAAAAGCUGGGAAGUCCAACGGUGUGGUUUGGAGAGAGGGAAGAUUAUUGCACAAAUUAGUGUUGGGCUUUUCUGGAGUUUUAUUGAACCUUCCAAAUUAGAGACCAGGAAGCCUUGUUCCGUGUCCACACAUCUUGUUGUUUUAAAUAACAGGUUGUCUUCCACUCUUAGGACUUUUGGAGUCUGUUUGAAAUUGCCUCUUGUGCUCCUUGGGAGGGGAAGCCACACCUUUGCACCAGGGAGCCAGGAAUUCUCUCUCUGACAGAACUGGAACUCUGACAGCAAAACAGAUGUUUCUUUUGCCCCUUUGAGUGAGCACUGGAGUUCAGUUGGGAGCUUUUCUGCCUCUUCCUGACUCAUUAUCUGCUCUUUUGUGUUAGCAUGGGGUUCUCUCACAGAUAUUACAGCAACCUCCCCUCACCACUCAUUUCACCUGUAAAGGUUUUAACAACAGCCAGGGUUUGUGUCCCUGGUUCAUUUUGGGGCUCUGAAUAAACAACCAAGUGCAACAACCAGCACAGCACCCACCACAUUUCUCAAGUAAACCAAGUGCUUCAUUUAAAAUAGCGUAUUCAAAAAGUUUAUUUUUGAUUUUUCCAAAAUCACAAGCUUUUGUGGACACAAUUUUGUUAGAAAAUAGAAAGGAAAACUUUGUUUCAUGUGAAAAUGAAGUUGAGUACAAAAUAUGUGACUUGCAAAAUCCUCAUUUUAUUUGUGCAUGGAUUUGUUUGCUCUUAUAAGUGGGGGAGGGGAUCAAAAGCAAGUUCUGCAGAGAAGUACAGAGUGUAUUUUUGUGUGUGCUCAACCAUAGCACUCUGUGGGAACACAGAUUAUAUUUAAUUUUGCUGAUCUUCUAUCCAGGAAUCUGGUGGACAGGACCUGGGAACAGCAGUUUAUGGAGCCAUCAGAAUAGAGCAUCAACUUUCACCAUCCCAGAAAUUCUCAUGUUUUACUUUCAUACUUCCAUUAAAACAAAUGUACAGUGCUGUGAUAAUCCUUGCAGGAUUUGAAUUACUGAGAGAGCCACCAGGUUUCCUUGGGCUUAAACCCAAGUUGUUCUGACUGCAAGGUGUCAGGAUGGACAUGGGUUAUUUCUGGUCAGCUGGGGUGUAGAAAAAGUAUGGAUGCACAUAUCAAGGUGAAACAUGGUUGUUUGGAAAGGGAAUUUACAAAUUCAUAACCUUCAGGGGGUUUGGAUAUUUUAUGCUGGUUGAAGGGGUGGGAUUUCUGAGACUGAAAAUCCAGGAGGAGAAGUGGAGGCUGAGAAAGGGUUGGAGACCAAUAAGAAAAGCAGAAACUGGAAAGGAGUGGGAGGCUGAAAUGGUGUGGGAGGUCAGCAAGGAAAGCAGAGGCCAGAAAGUGGAGGCUGGAAAAGUUUGAUGGAGAUAAAGAUGUGUGGGAGGGAGAAAAGGUGGUGAGGCCAAAAUAAGCCCACAUCAGAGAUCAGAUCAAUCUCAUUUUGCUCUGUUGGCCUCCACAUCCUCCUGAAGAAGGGGGACUCACAGACUAUUCAGCUGAAGAAAAUGAAAGCUCAUCUUUAUGGAAUAACUUGGGGACAAAUGUCCAUUGUCUUGGCUCUUGUAUUACUUCAGCACAACUGUAUUACAGUUGGUGCUUAGUUUCAGCACUUGAAAAUUUGGUUUCCAGAAGGAGGCAGAUCUGUAAAUUGUUUGAGUCUUGACUGUAAAAGUAAUGUAGAUGAGCUGUAGUGCUGCCUGACAGUUCAAUACCUUAAAAUAUUGUUCUUUAAGGUCACCAAAGAGGUGUCUCCUCAACCCACAGAAGAAACAGCAUUCUCAUGACUGCUUUUGCAGGGAUUUGAGAAAGCUAGGAGGAAUUUGGAAUAAUUUAUGCACAUUCAAGAGAUAUUUCCAAACCCGUCCCUUAGACCUUUUAAGAAAACAUCAUGAAAAAGCACACUGUCUUUUCUUUGCCUGAUAUAAUUAAAGAAUACAAGGGCUGAUGGUUUUGAGCCAUUUACAUAUUAGGGCAAAGCUUUCAGACAUUAUUUAACUCAAACAUAAACUAACCUGAUUUGAGAUGUUUAUGUCUUGAUACAAGGAAGAAGCAGAGAGGAAAGGAGAGUGAAAAAAAAAAAGAUGAGCUGCACUUCCUGGAGACCAAACAAGGCAAGGCUGGUGCUGGCAGCCUGGCAGGUAGUGAGUGCUGAGAGGGAGCGAGGACUUCCCUGCUCUGGCAGGCUGGUCAUGAGGGCUCCAUGUGAAGAGGAAAUGUUGCAAGAGAUGUGGUGUUCUCUAUGCAAAAACCCUUGCGUUGUGCAGGAGGCUGUUUGAUCUCUCUCUCUCUCUCUCUCCAAACUGAAACCUGACCGGUUGCCAAGUGUCUGCUCUGAAGUUUCCGGAUCUAGGUGGGGACGAGGGAGUUCCAACUGUAACCUGAAUGUGUUGAACUGGCAGCUGCUGGUGUCCAAACCACUUGCACUGGGAGGAAAAUUCCACAAAGUGGCUCCAUGUAGGAUGAGAAUGUGAACUAUGUCCAGGCUCACGGCCAUGGAACUCACAAGCUGCGCUCCUGGAACUGUUUAUUUUUUUCUGGAGGCUUCAGUGAAGUUGGAUGUUUGUCACUGAGUGCAGCUGUGCUGGAAUGCUGCUUGCCUGCCAUCAGAAUAGGGAGCACCUGUGAAAGGAUUGUGGUGUCACCUGAGAGGAAGAAAAUCAGUGUUGCUGCAGGGGAUUGGGAGCCAACGGCAUCCGGCUGACCAUGGAGAGCGCUCUGACGGCCCGGGACCGUGUCGGGGUGCAGGACUUUGUCCUGCUGGAAAACUUCACCAGUGAGGCUGCAUUCAUUGAAAACCUGAGGAAACGCUUCAAGGAGAACCUGAUCUAUACCUACAUUGGCUCUGUGCUGGUGUCUGUGAAUCCUUACAAGGAACUGGAAAUCUACACGAAGCAGAACAUGGAGCGGUACCGCGGCGUCAGCUUCUAUGAAGUUUCUCCUCACCUCUACGCCAUCGCAGACAAUUCCUACCGCUCUCUGCGCACCGAGAGGAAGGAUCAGUGCAUCCUCAUCUCCGGCGAGAGCGGCGCCGGCAAAACCGAGGCCACCAAGAAGAUCCUGCAGUACUACGCUGUCACCUGCCCCGCCAGCCAGCAGGUCGAGACCGUCAAGGAUCGGCUGCUGCAGUCCAACCCCGUCCUGGAGGCCUUUGGAAAUGCAAAAACCCUUCGGAACGACAACUCCAGUCGGUUUGGGAAGUACAUGGACGUGCAGUUUGAUUACAGGGGAGCUCCUGUCGGGGGCCACAUCUUGAACUACCUCCUGGAGAAAUCCCGAGUUGUGCACCAGAACCACGGCGAGAGGAACUUCCACAUCUUCUACCAGCUGCUGGAAGGAGGGGAGGAGGAUCUGCUGAGGAGGCUGGGCCUUGAGAAGAACCCACAGCAGUAUCACUAUUUAGUAAAGGGUCACUGUGCAAGGGUCAGUUCCAUAAAUGACAAAAAUGAGUGGAAGAUUAUGAGGCGAGCCCUCUCUGUUAUUGGCUUCAAUGACACUGAAGUGGAGGAUUUGCUGAGCAUUGUGGCCAGUGUCCUGCACCUGGGGAAUGUCCAGUUUGCUGCUGAUGAGCAGGGGAAUGCUCAGGUCACUACAGAGAAUCAGAUUAAAUACCUGGCCAGGCUGCUGGCAGUGGAUGGCUCUGUUCUUCGGGAUGCACUGAUCCACAAGAAGAUCAUAGCAAAAGGGGAGGAGCUGGUGAGUCCCCUGAACCUGGAGCAGGCAGCCUACGCCAGGGACGCCCUGGCCAAGGCCGUGUACGGCCGCACCUUCUCCUGGCUGGUCAACAAGGUCAACAAAUCCCUGGCUUACAAGGAAGAGAAGUUUCCAGGCUGGAGAAGUACAACAGUUCUAGGAUUGCUGGACAUCUAUGGGUUUGAGGUUUUCCAGCACAACAGCUUUGAGCAGUUUUGCAUUAAUUAUUGCAAUGAAAAGUUGCAGCAGCUCUUCAUAGAGCUCACCCUGAAGUCAGAGCAAGAGGAGUACGAGUCCGAGGGCAUCGCGUGGGAACCAGUUCAGUAUUUCAAUAACAAAAUAAUUUGUGAUUUGGUGGAAGAGAAAUUUAAAGGCAUCAUUUCUAUUUUGGAUGAGGAGUGUCUGAGACCUGGGGAUGCCACAGACACGACAUUCUUGGAGAAACUGGAGGAGACUGUGAAGAACCACCCUCAUUUUCUCACGCACAAACUCGCUGACCAAAAGACGCGCAAGUCGCUGGGGCGGGAGGAGUUCCGGCUCUCGCACUACGCUGGGGAUGUCACCUACAGUGUUGCAGGUUUUCUAGAUAAAAACAAUGACCUUCUCUUCCGGAACCUGAAGGAGACCAUGUGCAACUCAGAGAACCCCAUCAUAAACCAGUGCUUUGAUAGGACAGAGCUGACAGACAAAAAAAGACCUGAAACGGCAGCAACUCAGUUCAAAAACAGCCUCUCCAAGCUCAUGGAAAUCCUGAUGUCCAAAGAACCCUCCUACAUUCGCUGCAUGAAACCCAACGAUGCCAAACAGGCUGAUCGGUUUGAUGAGGUCCUGAUCCGACACCAGGUGAAGUACCUGGGGCUGAUGGAGAACCUCCGCGUGCGCAGAGCCGGCUUCGCCUACCGCAGAAAAUACGAGGUUUUCCUGCAGAGGUACAAAUCCCUGUGUCCAGAGACGUGGCCCACGUGGGAUGGGCGGCCCUACGAUGGGGUGGCUGUGCUGGUGAAGCAUCUUGGCUACAAACCAGAAGAAUACAAAAUGGGACGAACAAAGAUUUUUAUCCGCUUUCCCAAGACCUUGUUUGCAACAGAAGAUGCUCUGGAAGUGAGGAAGCAGAGUCUGGCCACAAAAAUGCAGGCGACGUGGAGAGGUUUCUACCGCCGGAAGAAAUUCCUGACCAUGAAACGCUCAGCCAUCACCAUCCAGUCCUGGUGGAGGGGAACCCUGGGACGCCGAAAAGCUGCCAAGAGGAAAUGGGCAGUGGAAACAAUCAGGAGGUUCAUUAAAGGCUUCAUUUACCGGAACCACCCGCGGUGCCCAGAGAAUGAAUAUUUCCUGGAUUACAUCCGAUUCUCCUUCCUGAUGAACCUCAAGAGGAACCUACCAAAAAAUGUCCUGGACAAAUCAUGGCCAACUCCUCCCCCAUCACUCUGUGAGGCGUCGCAGCUCCUGCGCAGGCUCUGCAUGCAGAACAUGGUCUGGACCUACUGCAAGAGGAUCAGCCCCGAGUGGAAGCAGCAGUUGGAACAGAAAGUAAUUGCCAGUGAGAUUUUCAAGGGUAAAAAAGACAAUUAUCCUCAGAGUGUUCCCAGGCUCUUCAUCAACACUCGACUGGGUAGAGAAGAAAUAAAUACUAAAGUCCUUCAGGCAUUAGCAAAUGAAGCACUUAAGUACGCAGUGCCCGUGGUCAAGUACGACAGGAAGGGCUACAAGGCAAGGGCACGGCAGCUGCUGCUCACCCAGAGCUCGGCAAUCAUCGUGGAGGAGUCCAAGAUCAAGCAGCGCAUCGACUACUCCAACCUGACAGGCAUCUCCGUCAGCAGCCUGAGUGACAACUUGUUUGUGCUGCACGUGCACUGUGAGGACAACAAGCAGAAGGGAGAUGUUGUCCUGCAGAGUGACCACGUGAUUGAGACACUGACAAAAGCAGCCAUUCUGGCCAACAAAAUCAACAACAUCAACAUCAACCAGGGCAGCAUAAAGUUCACAGUGGGACAAGGCAAAGAAGGGAUCAUCGACUUCAUCUCGGGAUCAGAACUGCUCAUAGCCAAAGCCAAGAACGGGCAUCUAACAGUGGUUGCUCCUCGGUUGAAUUCCCGAUGAUGAAAAAUUCCCUGCUCCAGGACCUUUCCCUCCACGGAAUUGGCUGAACGUUGCUCCCAGCAAACCCCCUCUUCCUCGCUUUGCUCUUUCUUUUAUUACCAAAGAUCUGCACUUUCAGAACAACCACAAAAUACAUCCUUGCUCUCUUGUCUUACUCUCAAGACUCCCAAACCAAGGCCUUCUCCUCUCUUCCUUACCUGACUGAACGUGGGGUCCAGCACAGCAUCCCUGCAAACACAGCUCAGGACCUGCUUUGAGGGAGAGUUUAAGCCCUGAUGGAAAUGACCAAAAUUUGUGCUUAUCAUCACCAAAAAAAAGCACAAUCAGAAAACAAGUAACUCUGCUGCUUUCUCAGCCAAAUCACUGAAAUGCCAAACUUUGUAUUCAGAAUGUUUUAUGAAGAAUUUUGCUCGGAGAUGUUUUAAUGCUUUGUGUUACAAAUAUAGUGAAGCCAUAUUGUGUAAAUGAGUAAAACCUGUAAAUACUUUAUAGCCAAGGAUGAGAUGCACUACCAGAGAUGGAGUUGAUGUGCAAACUUUUAUGUUUUAGAUUUGGAAUUUUUGUUGUUUUUAGUUUAUGGUUAUAAGGUAUAACCUGAAAAAUCCAUCAUGUAACUUCUUCACUGAUCAGGAGCCAGAGACUUUUAUCUUUUUUUGAAGUCAGCUGUCCCAUUUCUUGCUCUCUAUUUUUAUACCAUAGGAAUUUUUCAUAUCCACACAAACACAAUGCAAUACAAACUGCAGAGGUUACCACUGCUCUGGGCUGGCCAUGGGAUAUACAUGAACUUCUCCCCACGCCUUUCCCUGUCUGGGAAUCCCCACUGCCCUUCCCCACACAGCUCCACAGGCUCUGAGCAGCACCUUGAGGAAAAAUGGCUUUUCAUUUUGUUCCUAGCCAUAACUGGAAGUCUGAUUCCCACAGUAUUUAUACCAGUGCCUCAGUACUGCCUUACCAGGGAGGGCUGGGCACUGCUGCUGCCCCACAGCUCCAGGGAAACGGGCUGGGUGCUGGCUGCAGCACAGGUUCCUCCCCAGCACCCUCCUUUAACAGCAACAGCUGCAGGGUGCACAGCUCCAUGGGGAAUUCCUGCUGCAUCCAUGGCACAGUGCCACAGCCCAGCCUGUGCAUCCUGCUCUGCUUGCCUUAGACAUCCUUCCCCUCCAUCCUGCUGCAGCCACAGCCAGCCCUGGAUGACUCUCACCCACCACUGCCCCUCUUUCCCCCUCAGCUCCGGCUCCUCUGCUCUGGUUCCUGACUCGAUGCCCCUGUCCAGCCCUGCUCCAGGCUGGAAUGUGGGAUACACUGCAGGCCAUCCCCCAGAUGUGCUCAGUGUGUGCAGAGCACACUGCAAAUGUUGGUGUUUAACCUCUGCCAGACUACGCUGAAUAAAUUUUUACAAAAAAAUCAA